AUGGUGGUCGCACGUCGGUCGGAUCUUAAGUUAAUUGUCACAUCUGCCACAAUGGACUCAACAAAGUUCUCUUCCUUCUUCGGGAACGUACCAACUUUCACUAUUCCUGGAAGAACCUUCCCUGUUGAAACCUUCUUCGCUAAGAAUGUAUGCGAAGACUAUGUUGAUGGCGCUGUAAAACAGGCACUACAAAUUCAUCUACAACCAGACGACGGCGACAUCCUGAUAUUUAUGCCGGGUCAAGAGGACAUUGAAGUCACCUGUGAGGUCCUAACAGAACGCCUAGGUGACCUAGACUCGGCCCCGCCCUUGACAGUGCUGCCUAUAUACUCUCAGCUACCGGCAGAUCUGCAAGCGAAAAUAUUUCAGCGAGCCCCACCCGGACAGAGGAAGUGCAUUGUCGCUACGAAUAUCGCUGAAACAUCUCUCACAGUAGACGGCAUAAUGUACGUGAUAGACAGCGGUUAUUGCAAGCUGAAAGUGUACAACCCAAGGAUUGGUAUGGACGCGCUACAAAUAUAUCCAGUAAGCCAAGCUAACGCGAGGCAGAGAGCUGGUCGAGCUGGUAGAACCGGCCCAGGGAAGGCCUUCUGUCUGUACACCCAAAGACAAUUCCAACAAGAGCUCUUAGCGGCCACAGUGCCUGAGAUACAAAGGACCAACCUCGCGAAUACUGUGCUGUUGCUAAAGUCCUUAGGAGUUGAAGAUCUACUGGCUUUUCAUUUCAUGGACCCUCCCCCACAGGACACGAUCCUGAACUCGAUGUACCAGCUGUGGAUCCUGGGUGCGCUGGACGGCACCGGCGCGCUCACGCCGCUCGGCCGCCAGAUGGCCGAGUUCCCGCUCGACCCGCCGCAGUGCCACAUGCUCAUCGUCUCCGCUGAGAUGGGGUGUAGUGCUGAAGUGCUUAUUAUUGUUUCAAUGCUAUCAGUCCCGUCGGUGUUCUACCGUCCGCAAGGUAGAGAGGAAGAAGCUGACUCCGUGAAAGAGAAGUUCCAAGUGCCAGAGUCCGAUCAUCUCACAUUGCUACAUCUGUUCAAUCAAUGGAAAGCUAACAACUACUCGAGCGCGUGGUGCACGGAGCACUUCGUGCACGCGAAGGCGCUGCGCAAGGUGCGCGAGGUGCGCCAGCAGCUGCGCGACAUCCUGCAGCAGCAGCGCCUGCCGCUGCGCUCGUGCGGCACCGACUGGGACACCGUGCGCAAGUGCAUCUGCUCCGCCUAUUUCCAACAAGCGGCUCGUCUAAAAGGUAUAGGUGAGUACGUGAACUGCCGCACCGGCAUGCCCUGCCACCUGCACCCGACGUCCGCGCUGUUCGGGCUCGGGAACUCGCCGGACUACGUUGUCUACCACGAGCUGAUGAUGACCAGCAAGGAGUACAUGCACUGCGUCACCGCCGUGGACGGCAGGUGGCUGGCCGAGUUGGGACCUAUGUUCUUCUCGGUUAAGGAGACUGGCAAAACAAACCGCGACAAACGCAAAGAAGCAGCUGUUCACCUCCAGCGUAUGGAAGAAGAGAUGAAACAAGCAGAGAUCAAGAUGGCAGAAGAGAGGAAGAAGAAAGAAGAAGAUGUUCCAGUCAAGCAGGAGAUAGCGACCCCCGGCCUGGCGACCCCACGACGCACCCCACAGCGACUUGGAUUA